CGCCGGCGGUUGGGGCGGCGGUGGCGCCUCAGGCCCGGGCCCCGGGCUGCUGUGCUCGGGACUUUGCGUCCUGCCCGCCGGCCGCUCGCCACGGGGCUGCAUAACUCCAGCCGCCAAAGCCGCGACCCUGAUGGACGGAUUGGGACGCGGGUGCCCGCCCGGCCGCUCGCUCCACUCGGGCGCUCGCCCGUCGCCGCAGACCCUGUUUCUCGGCGCCGCCCGCCCUGCCGCACGCAAGGUUGCAGGAGCCGCUGCCACCCGCGUGCGUCCCCGCUCUCCUCCCAGGAGCGCCUUCCUUCGUGUGGCGCCUAGUGCCUACGGAAACCAGAAGAGAGCAUCAGACCUCCUGGGACAACAUUGGUGAUCCACUUCGUAGACCCUGGGAAUUGGACCCCAGUCCUCUGGAAGAGCAGCUUAGUGCUUUUAAGUCCCGGCCAUCUCUAUGCAGCCCUUGCUUGCUCGGUCGGUCGGUCUGCUGCCUGCCUACAAUUUAUCAUCUAUCAAUCCAUCCAUCUAUCCCUUUAUCUGCUUUUUUCCUGGAAUUUGCUCUGUAUGGACUGAUCUCAGAGACAGCACAGAGCGAGCUCGCUUGUCUCUGAGCGCGGAGAUAAAAGGCGUGCGGUCGGGACAGCCCUUUACUUUUUAAAAAAAAAAAAGAUAUUUUUCCCCCUCCACCCUCCGGGCGUGGUAGGCAGGCUGUUCAGAUUUCCAGCCUUGUUUCCCGGGUGCGAGCGGUCGUUCCAGGCGGGGCUUUGAGCUGUGAGAGCCUGAGCCGAGCUCGCCGCCCUCCCGCCCGGGGACCGCGGCCGCGGCGGCUCGAGAACCCGAAAGCCAGCAGCAGGGGUGGCAUGGGCGGGGCUCGCGGGAGGAAGUCGGAGGGCGCAAGGCAUUCUGGGCCCGGAAGUGCGGCGCACGCGGCUGGGCGCGCCAUGGCUGCGUCUCGCGCUCCCCGCAGGCGCCUGGAGGACCUCAGUGUGGACGAGUUCCUGGCUUCCGGCUUCGAGUCCGGAUCCGAGUCGGAGCUGGAGGGCGCCGCGGAGGCGGCGGCGGAGGAGCGCAGGGCGCGAGGAGCCGCGUGGAACCGGGAGCGGCGGGGCGCGCGCACCUCCCCGGGCCCCGCAGGACGCCCGCGUAAGGGCCGCGCCUCUGAGCACAAAGACCAGCUCUCUCGGCUGAAGGACAGAGACCCCGAGUUCUACAAGUUCCUGCAGGAGAAUGACCGGAGCCUACUGGACUUCAGUGACUCGGACAGCUCUGCGGAAGAAGAAGAGCCAUUCCACUCCCUGCCAGACACGCUGGAGGAAGCGAGCGAAACAGAGGAAGACGGAGGAGAGGACAGUGACGCGUUGCCCAGAGGGCUGAGGAGCAAGAAGAAUGAGCCUGUACCCGUGACCCUCGCCAUGGUGGAAAGGUGGAGGCAGGGCUCCAGGCACCACCUUAGUCCCAGGCUGUUCCAUGAAGUUGUACAGGCGUUCCGAGCAGCUGUAGCCACCACCCAAGGAGAGCAGGAAGCUGCUGAGACUUGCAGGUUCCAGGUUGCAGAUAGUGCUGUGUUCAAUGCUCUGGUUACUUUCUGCAUUCGAGACCUCUGUGGUUGCCUUCAGAAGCUGCUGUUUGGAAAGACACCAAAGGAUAGCAAUAGGCUGCUGCCAUCCAGUAGCCCACUGUGGGGGAAGCUCCGUGUGGAUGUCAAGACAUACCUAAGUGCGGUGGUGCAGCUGGUAGCCUGUCUAGCGGAAGCCACGGUGUCUGCAGCUGUCCUGCAGCAUAUCAGCAGCUUGGUUCCUUACUACCUGACAUUCCCUAAGCAGUGCCGAAUGUUGCUCAAGAGGAUGGUGGUUCUGUGGAGCACGGGUGAAGAAUCUCUGCGGGUCCUGGCCUUCCUGGUACUCAUCAGAGUCUGCCGGCACAAGAAGGAAGCCUUCCUUGGUCCCAUUCUGAAGCAAAUGUACAUCAUGUAUGUGAGAAACUGCAAGUUCACCUCCCCCAGUACCCUCCCCCUCAUAAGCUUCAUGCAACGGACACUGACUGAAAUGCUUGCCUUGGACCCCAGCGUCUCCUAUCAGCACGCCUUCCUCUACAUCCGACAGCUUGCCGUCCACCUGCGGAAUGCUAUGACCGCAGGCAAGAAGGAGACACACCAGUCUGUGUACAACUGGCAGUAUGUGCACUGCCUCUACCUGUGGUGUCGAGUCCUGAGUACCCUUGGUUCCAGUGAGAUCCUGCAGCCGCUACUCUACCCUCUCUCACAGAUCAUCAUUGGCUGUAUCAAGUUGUUGCCCACUGCUCGAUUUUAUCCAUUGCGCAUGCAUUGUGUACGUGCCCUGACACUGCUGUCCCAGACCAUCGGCACCUUCAUACCUGUCCUGCCCUUCAUUCUCGAGAUUUUCCAGCAGGUGGACUUCAAUAGGCGGCCAGGUCGCAUGAGUUCCAAGCCCAUCAACUUCUCUGUGAUCUUGAAGCUGUCCAGCACCAACCUGCAGGAGAAGGCGUACCGGGACGGGCUGCUGGAACAGCUGUGUGACCUUACUCUGGAAUACCUGCACAGCCAGGCCCACAGCAUCGCUUUCCCAGAGUUGGUGUUGCCUACUGUUCUACAGCUGAAAUCUUUUCUCCGGGAGUGCAAAGUGGCUAACUACUGCCGGCAGGUGCGCCAGCUGCUGGAGAAAGUGCAAGAGAAUGCACAACAUAUCCAAAGUCUUCGACAGAGCGCGACCUUCAGCGUGUCUGACCAGAUGGCAGUGGAUGCGUGGGAGAAGCAGGUUCGUGAAGAGGGGACCCCACUCACCAGAUACUACGGCCACUGGAAGAAGCUGAGGGACCGUGAGAUCCAGCUGGAAAUCAGUGGCAAAGAGCGGCUAGAAGACCUGAACUUCCCAGAGAUCAAAAGGCGGAAGGUGGAAGACAGGAAGGAUGAAGACAGGAAAGAAUUAAAGGACCUGUUUGAGUUGGACAGUUCUGAGGGCGAGGACAGCACCGACUUCUUUGAGAGAGGAGUACCUAGGCUCCCAGAAGCUCACCAAGGACUGAAAGAAGAUCAGGAAGAAGAAGAUAAAGAAGAAGGUGACAGCGAUUCAGAGGAUGGAGACACAGACACGGGAGUGGAUCUGAGCGAACUGUGGCAGCUGGCUCAGGGACCACAAGAUGAGCUGGAGGAUCUUCAGCUCUCAGAAGAGGACUGAGGCCUCCUGCUGCCUCCUGGAGGCCUCGACAGCAACUGUGCGGCGAGAGGACAGCAGAGCGUAAACAGGCUUUUAUUGUUACAGCACAGCAGAACAAGUGUACUAGGAGCCAUUUUGACCCUGAAAGGGAGGGAACUGUUUCUGCAGAGCCUUCUGCUGCCGGAAGCCGAAGGCUGACCCUGACGUUGUCCCAGUUCAGAGUGGGGAGGGCGGCUCCAUGGCCUCUCCUCUCCACUUUGUCUUUGGUUUGUCUGCAGAGCACUGCAGUUACCUCUAGAAGAUAAACCCAUUACUUUUGUUUGUU